AUGGACCCGGCGAAGACACCUCUCACAGCGAGCUCGCAGUUCAUCCAAGCUGACGACGACGACGAUUCGGACGAGGAGAACAUCCCGGGGUUCACGCAUCCUGGCUUGCCGCAGUCUCCUCAACCCGACAAAGGGAAAGGCAGAUCAAGAGAGCCAGAACAACUAGCGGAACCUUCUGGCAAUGGUAGCAUGGCAAGUCCGAUGCUGUCUGGGAACAUUGGAAGUACGCCUGCCGGUGCACCGAGACCAAACAGACGAACAGUGGGCGGCGUUCAAGUCGAGACGCGAUAUACUGGUGUGGAUACACUGGAUGAACCCGUUUCCACAACUAUCGCACGCGAUUUAAUGUCUGUCUACUCUAAAAUUGUGCAGGUUCUCUACCCUCGGAAGGCUACUGGUCGUGAAGUUCUCAGGGACUGGGAUCUCUGGGGACCUCUCAUUCUCUGCCUCAUGCUUGGUAUCAUGCUCAGCAUCAACGCCCCUGCUUCACAAUCUCUCGGUGUCUUCACCAGUGUAAUCGCUAUAUGCUCAAUUGGUGCAUUGGUCGUCACCGUUCAAGCCAAGCUCCUCGGUGGCCGAGUGUCGUUCUUCCAGGGACUAUGUGUACUCGGCUAUUGCAUUGCACCCCUCGAUAUUGCUGCCCUUGUUGCUUGCUUCGUGCGCCCGAUCUAUGUCAGAGCACCUGUUGCUCUUAUCGCCUGGGCUUGGUGCAUAUGGGCUUCCGUCAACUUCUUGGACGGCACGAAAAUAGAGCAGCAGCGCAUUCUGCUUGCUGUUUACCCUCUCCUGCUCUUCUACUUUAUCCUCGCCUGGAUGAUUUUGAUCCAGUAA